UUUAUUUAUAGCCAACUUUUUAUCUGUUACAGUAUAAGGAGUUUAAUAAACAAAAGAAAACAUCUACAGGUAAAAAUAGAGGUGUUAUUCUCCUCAGAAGAAUAACACAGGGGAAGAAUCAGUGGAGAUUGUUCUGUGUCAUUGUGAACUGUAUGGGGAAGAAAGACGACAGCUGGAGAAUAGAGUUCAUAGAGGUGAACGGCUGAGUUUUAAAGAAGCUUUUGGGAGGGGAGGAGAAUUUAAGUGGUGCAUUAUAGGUUUUUAUGAGCAGAACCAGAUUAUUGAGGAGAAUAUAGUUUGUUUUUUGGUUAGAUAUUCCCCAACUACGAUCCAUCCUCCAAUACAGCAGGUGGCGGUACUGCCCUUGUCGUUGGUGCCUCCCGCCAUUUAAACUACAAGAAGAAGAAGAAAAAGCAGCAGAAGAAGAAGCCCCGCUGGCUAACGGCUGUUUUCUAAGGCCAUCACCGGACGCAGCUAUACCGAUUUCAGCGCGUACUUUUGAAUCCAAGUGAUACUUUGGCAUCAUGGCUGGCGGUAAGGCUGGGAAGGACUCCGGGAAGACGAAGACCAAGGCGAUUUCGCGCUCGCAGAGAGCGGGACUCCAGUUCCCGGUGGGUCGCAUCCACAGACAUCUCAAGUCUCGAACCACGAGCCACGGCAGAGUGGGGGCCACCGCCGCCGUGUACAGCGCGGCCAUCCUGGAGUACCUGACCGCAGAGGUCCUGGAGCUGGCAGGAAAUGCAUCAAAGGACCUGAAGGUGAAGAGAAUCACUCCACGCCACUUGCAGCUCGCCAUCAGAGGAGACGAGGAGCUGGAUUCUCUCAUUAAGGCCACCAUUGCCGGCGGAGGUGUGAUCCCGCACAUCCACAAGUCCCUGAUCGGGAAGAAGGGCCAGCAGAAGACGGUAUAACCCAAGUGCUCUGAACAUUGUGCCAUCUCAGGAGGACGUCAGCAUCCAGUGUUCAAUGUCGUAGAUUAGAAAACUUUUCACGAUUUUUAUGGUUGAAUUUGUGUCUACUCACCCGGGGUAUUUUUUUUUUAAAGUGGCUUCAGAGAAGCUCUUUGUCCCUUUGGCCUUUCCUGGUGUUGCAAGCGUCUGUGUUCCACUCGCUAACGUGGCGUUUCCAUGUUCAGUGGUGUUUUAAUGAAGCAGCUUUCAGUUUUCUAACCUGGCUGCAGGACGAGGGGUCAGGAGGUCGACCAUCGGCGGCUGAGGCGUGCAUGUGGGAAAGACCCCAAACAUUUGAAGAUGCGUGUGAACUGAUGCAUGAGUGGCAGCACACGUUUAUGCUGGAGUUCCCGCUGCACAGGCGUGGUCAAGGCUCCCUGCUGCGUCCUUUUCUGUAUUAAAUUUUAUGUGGAGACGGUCUCUUUGUUUUAAUUCCUGACGAUGCUUCUUCAUGCUUCUUUUCCCACGUUUUCUAUAAAGCAGUUUUUGGCUUUGA